GUUCACCUGUGUGGCCUGCUGACAGAUGACACAGUGUGCCGUCCAGGCGGCGUCUCUGUUCCCAGGUCAUCCAUUGCUCAGGAGUGAUAAGUGGCUCUGUCAGGGUGUGGCCCAUGCAGCUCCACACACAGUCGAUUACAGAGCAGAGCCACAGUGCAACAGCAGCUGCCUGUGGAGGACAGCGGGGCAAUAACAAAACUCCAGGGGACGUCUGUAUCAACUGUUGUGACGAAAAAUGUUCAAGUGUGAUUAUGUUAAGUGUGCGAAGUGCAGGAAUGGAUGAAACGAUCUGCUUAAUGCUCCGCUGAAAAGAGACUUAGCCACGGACACGGGGAAGUUGCCUGGAAGAGCGAGCCGCGCCGGAUGCCAAGAUGAGCCUUUACUACCAGAGCUGGAGGGUCUUCCACAUAUUCUUUGCAACAAUUACAGCAGUUCUUACACAAGAUUUGAGCAGCAAAGAGCUGACAGACACUAGAAGCCCGGUGCCUUUCCCUGCCUUCCUGCCGGUCAACUAUGAGGUGCGAGAUGCCGACUAUCUCUUCCUAAAGGAGGCUGGGCAGGACUUCAUGAGGAACUCCAGCAUGCAGAGUCACACGCAGCCCUUUGUUAUACUCAGAGCCAGCCGCCAGCCAGCUGUCAACGGCAGCUACGGCUCUAUGUCCACAGAGCAGCUUGUGCCUCUAGACUUGGUGCAGUCUGUGAAGCUCUACAACGCCCCCGAGGUCUUUACCUUCAACUGGAAGAUCCAGGCCUUUGUGCUGACGCCUCGUGUUUUCUCCUCAAAGCCCAAAGUGCGGGUGCUCUUCUAUGUAGCGGGGAGGGACUGGGGCCGAGGGGAAGGAGCUGUGGAUGAACUACCAUGUGUGACAGUAUAUGCUUUCUGGCAGACUCAGGAGGUCAGGGGUUCUUGUGCCAUGGGAGGCGAGAGGGGAACCUGCAUGGCUGAGCUCGCUCCCUCGCCUGGCUGGUUUGCUCCUGGGUCAGAGGGCACCAGCAGGGAGAGGCAGGAUCCAUCUACAGGGAACCCUGUGGAGCUCUACUACCAGGCGCAGCCCAAAGUCAAUGGAAGGUGUAAUUCUGCGGAUGGGAGUCGUUGGGGCGGCUCCCAGCAGCAGGCUGAGUACGUUCCUGUCACUCCCAUGCAAAGGAUUGGCAGUGUACGACUUCUGCAGGUGCCUAAAGGGAUGGCAACACUUUCCAGGCUUAAGCUUGGCAAUGCCAUAGUCAUACGGACCUCUUCCAAACCACUGAAGAAGACUGACAUCGCCACCUUCUACAUACUCAUGGCCAGCUCUGCUCAGCUUAUUAACUUCACUCUCAGAGCGACAGUAAAGAAAGGUGUGACCUUUCGAACAGCGACACCCAGUAACUCUUUACUGUGGGACAUCACUCUGGAUAUGGGUGCAGAUGGAACUAUCGCUGUGAUAUGUCAGAGGAAGGCCCCCAUACCUGGGAAAAGGCUCGAGAGCAGUCUGCUAGAGGUGCUUCAGAUGGACUUUGAAGUGGAGGAGCUGAGCAGUCCUCUUGACAGUCAGGUGAUCAUAUGGAAACUGGAGCUACCAUCCGACUCCAAAAAUGUGGCCAAGACUGAAGGAGCCAUGAGGAUCUACACCACUCAGAGAGACUUUGUGGGCCUGGCUCCUCUUGUAAUGGACACAGAGAUCCUGAACACAGCUAUUCUGACGGGGAAGAAGGUGGUGAUGCCUGUGAGGACGGUAGCUGUGGAGGAAGACGGAUUAGUCACUGAUGUGUCUGACUACACAGACUGUAGCACCACCGAUGAAGAUGUACUCAAGGUGUCGGACAGAUGCGACUACGUGUUCGUGAAUGGCAAGGAGACCAAGGGCAAGGUGAAGAUGAUGGUGAACUUUACCUACAGCUACCUGAGUGCACAGCUUGAACUCAAUGUCUGGAUGCCUCGACUCCCCCUCCAGAUUGAGGUGUCGGACACGGAGCUGAGCCAGAUCAAGAGCUGGAGGGUGCCCAUACUUACCUCAAAAAGAGCUGGCUGGAACAGUGAAGAGGAUGACAAGAAGGGGAAGGGCUGCAUGCUGCAGUUUCAGCAUGCUCUGGUGCGGGUGCUAACACACUUCAUGGCAGAGCAGGGGGACCCUCGGGAUCCGAAGGUCUUUUUCCUGGGCUCAGAUUGGCAAGUGGAUGUUACAAGGCUGGUACGAUACUUCAUGAAGGUGGAGGACCCUCGAGUGGCAAGGUUGCAGGCUGGAAGGGUGCUGUCCGGGAGGGACCCUGGGACCACCAGUGUCCAGGUAUUUUCUCCCCUCUCAGACACAAUCUUGGCUAAGACAACUAUCAAAGUCUUGGAUGACAAAGUAACCAUUUCAGAGUUGGGGGUCCAGCUGGUUACAGGCCUUUCAAUGACUCUCCAACUUAGUCCUGGAAGCAAAAGGGCCAUCCUGGCUACCACAACCACACAGGAGAUUCUACGGAGCCCCAAACAGGAGGCCUUGGUCAGUGCCUGGGUGCAGUUCAGCGAUGGAAACCAGACACCACUUGAUAUUUAUGAUCCUGCCUUCUACCGAAUGACAGUGACAUCCUUGGAUGAAGGGGUGGUGUCGGUGCAGGGAACACUUCAGACUGUGGUGGCAGAGGGUGAAGGUGAGGGGGUUCUGGUCAGAGUCGAGAUGUCCAUCUGUGAGGUCUGCCAAAAGUCCAAACGCAAAAGCACAGUGGCUGUGGGAAGCGGGAGCCUCAGGGUCAAGUUCCGAGUGAGCGGCAGGCGUUCAGAAGGCAACACCAGCAGCAGUGCUGUUAGCAGCAAGGACAACGGCAGUGACUACGGAAAUGAUGGAGGAGAUGGGGACGGCGAAAGGAAGCAGAGGAGGCCGUCCCAGGAUCCUCCUGCUGGGAGCUCGAACUCAGACAGGGAGGAGGGUGCCAUGCAGAAGAUCACAACCACGAUCAAAUCAACAGAACGGACCUUCAUAACCAGCGGCAGCCUUGGGGGAGUUGGUAAAACCAGCAAUACAGGAAACUCUGGAGGUCCUACCAGUGUUGUGAAUACUAGCAUGAUGAGCAGCCCCAGUGACAGCGGCAAAGGCUUUGGCUCAGACAAUAUGAUAGCAGAGGAUAUGAGCAGUGUCAGCUUUACGAGCACUGUGAAAGCUCCCGGGAACCUGGUGAACUCGUACAACUUCCCCCCAAAGGUGGAGGUACCUGGAGAGAAGACAACAGAGGUGGAAAUCGGUGGUGAAGAACUGCUGGCCAAUAGGCCCCUCACAGACUUGGAGAUUGGCAUGUACGCUCUGUUGGGAGUCUUUUGUCUGGCCAUUCUGGUUUUUCUGGUAAAUUGUAUCUCAUAUGUUAUAAAGUUCAGGCACAAGAAGCCUCCCUCUCAUGGCCAGGAGCCCACAGGGCACAGGCAUGACUGGGUAUGGCUUGGCACAGACGCUGAGCUGGUGAUGAGUGUGCCAGGUAGUCCUGUCCAGCAGGACUCCCAGACCACAACCACCGUUAUAGACAUCGGGCCAGACAAGACUGCGUCUUUGUCCAGAAGGCCUAGUUGCCUGGCCUCUGUGACUGACUCUCCCAUCAGCUGUGUGGGCUCCAUCAGGAACAAACCUAUGCACAGUGAGUCCAUCCACUCGCCCACCAGCAAGAGAAAGAGAGUCCAGUUCACCACUUUUUCCACUCUGGAGCGCCAGCAUUCGCCACAUGUCCCACCCAGGGAGAAUGGUCAUGGCAUCCACUGGGUUGGGAAAGAGGACAGUUGUGAAGAAGAACCCCAAGUGCAUAUUGUAGAGCCUGGGGACCACUUAUAAUGCUGGACCUGAUCAGACCUCACAUGUACAGUAGAUGUGGCUUUGAUCACCUCAAUGCCUUUGUGACUCCAAUAACUGUCUAGAGUAUGUGAUUUUGGACUUGCCCUCUCCUACAUUUCAUUACCUACCAAGGCCUUUUAUAUGUACAUAUACUGUAUAUUAUUGUGAAUAUCAGAGUGUGGAUGCGUGUGGUAAUGUUUAGAUGGCUGACCCGAUAAACUCUUCUUUACACUAUGUUUAAAGCCACAAAAUGUUACUGCUGCAUGUGGAUAUCUAAGUCUCUAAAUUUCUGCACUCACAUGCUGGUAUAUACAAUACAAAGACACACCGAGAAGUAUCUUUAGGAACAAAUACAGUAUAAUGACCACCCAUCAUACUAAGGAACUCUAUGUGACAGGUUUGACUUUCACCAACAAUGUGGCUUGGAUUAAUCAUAACUUUAAGUGAAAUGGUUGUUUACUAUUAUGCAACAUCCAAUACUUUUUCUUUGUAAUCUUCAGUUGAAUUGAUUUUCACUAGUUUUUUUUUUCAUUAAAACACUAUGACCUUG